AUGGUUUAUGCCUCGUUAGGCUACCUUCACAGCUGUGAACCUAGUUCCCAGAAAGUUCAUGUACAUAAAAGCUUGCAGAUUGAAGGCAAGACUGCUGUUACAAUUAGCCAUCAUUAUAUGCUUCCAUUUCGACGGGAUUCUCUUUUGCUGUCAAAUAUCAAAGAAAAUCUUGAUUCUGAUAGUAUACCGUCACUAGCUCUGAAUGAAACAAGUAUUCUUAUAAUUAGUGCAAAUAGUUGUUCAGAAGUGCCACUGCAGUUGUUGUCAAUGUCUUUUGAUGUGGAGGACGAUGAUUCAUGCACCAUACAACCUCAGGAGGAGGAAUUUGGAGAACCCGUUCUUCAUGUUCCUAGAGAGGAUUUUAAAAUGGUUUUUGCUGUCAUUCCAAAGGUUAUUUGUUCAAUGCUAAAAAUGGGGACGGUUAGUCUAAAAUGGCAGAGGAAUUCUGAAUUAGGAGAAGAUUUUCAUUCUUGUGCUAUCACAUCUCAAGUUACAAAACACGGGCUUUCUAUGAUAGAAAAGAUGAAAAUAUGGCCCACAGCACAGAAAGCCGAGGACUAA